UACAACAAGUAAAAAGAAUAAUUUAAGCAAAUAAGUAGAAAAAAAAUCACUGUCAAGCAAAUUUCACGCCGUAUUUAAUCUUUGCUCACUGACCGCCUCCAGCUUAAUCGCUGCUCGUCUUUCUUUCCGUUCCGUUCGUGUUCGUGUGUGUUCCGUGCUCCGGCUCCGGAUAUAGCAGCGAUCCGAUCUGAUCAGAUUCGAUUCGUAUUCGAUAUACUCGAGUCUUCCACCUUUAAGACCCGGGCUGUGUGUUCUGAAGAUCGCCGCGCGUUUGGCCUACGAUCUUAGCCAUCGAAUGCUAUCGUUGCCGUUCAUCGAUUCAGAACAGCACUCGGAACACUCGUAGAAAUUCAAAUUAAACAAAAUACAAAAAUCCCUAUCCUUAAACUCAAAUCACUUCGGCAACUCGAUAAUGAAAGUGUUGUGUGCCUGCCUAUGAAAGUGCUGCUGAAAACUUGAAAAUCACAUAGAAAUCAGUUUGAUUCUUAAGCGAAACAAAAACAGACUUAGUUUAAUCAUUUUUAAGGAUACCUUUAGCACACUAGACAACCGGCACAGUAAAAUGUCCUCAACAUUAGGCCUAAUCACAGCGCUACUCUUGGCCAGCACAGUAUGCCAGGCCCUGCCAGAUUUGCACAAACAAAUGUCGCCGGAGCAGCUGCAGUCAGUCUUCCACGUGGACAACUAUGAUGCAGUGCCCCACUAUGAGCUUGUCCAGCUGCUGCAUCACGAUGAGCACAGCCUGCGGCAGCGGCGGAGGCGCAGCAUCGGCGAGAGUCCUAAGCUCAAUGUCGCCCUGCCGCCGCAUCAUGUGAAAAAGGAUCUCAGCAAGAAUGCCUACUACAGUGAGCUGAAGCAUCAGGCCAGCAUGGCGUCAUCCGUUGGAGGAGGCGGUAACCACCUGCUUGGCCCAGAUGUCAGCUCCAUCAAGGCCCACAAUGUCUCCUUCAGUGCCUUUGGCCAGCAUCUCAAUCUCUCGCUGCGCGCCACCCAAGGACUCUUCAAGGGCGCGCCCCACCAGCUGCGCAUGUGGAGCGUCGGCAGUGAACCCAAUGCCACCCACGGCCUGGACCUGCAGGAGAUCCAGCAUGAAGAGCACCACAAAAACGAUGUGGGCGAGGUUUUCCAGGAUGAGGAAAAUAUGGCUGCAAUCUUGAUGCGGCGCCACGUCAAAACUGGUGAUUUGAUAAUGGAGGGCAGCAUUGGUCACGAUUUGGUGAUUAAACCCUUGCCGCACGAACUGAGUCCCAAUCCCGAGGAGUCGCACCACAUCAUCUUCAAGCGUGAGGCAACUGCUGCCGAAGAGCAGCUGAGUGACUUUGCCUUCAUGGAGCCCGACGAUCUGCUGGCCAGCGAGAAGCUUGAGAAGCUGCAGCGUCGCCAGCGACGCAGUGCACCCAAGAGUCCCGAUUUCGAGGAUCUCAAUGAUGAGGAUGAAGGAGCCCUCGAAACGGAACCACAGACCGCCGAGUCCCGGAUCCGGUCACGCCGCCAAGCCCCGUACAUCAUCUAUCCCGAGGUCCUGGUCAUUGUCGACUACGAUGGCUACCGGCUCCAUGGCGGCGAUAAUUUGCAGGUCAAACGCUACUUUAUCUCAUUCUGGAAUGGCGUGGAUCUAAGAUAUCGCCUGCUGAAGGGACCCAGAAUACGCAUCAGCAUUGCCGGCAUUAUCAUUUCACGAGGUCGUGAUGCCACACCCUACCUGGAGCGUAACCGAGUGGGACGAGAUGCCAUUGAUUCAGCCGCUGCCCUUACGGACAUGGGAAAGUAUCUGUUCCGGGAACGACGUCUGCCCGUCUACGAUAUUGCCGUGGCCAUAACCAAGUAUGAUAUGUGUCGCAGGCGUAAAGGAGGUCGUUGCACCAAGGGCACAGCGGGCUUUGCUUACGUCGGCGGCGCAUGCGUGGUGAACAAGCGACUGGAGAAGGUGAACAGCGUGGCCAUUAUCGAGGACACCGGCGGCUUCAGUGGCAUCAUCGUGGCUGCCCAUGAAGUGGGACAUCUGCUGGGAGCGGUCCAUGACGGUUCACCGCCGCCCAGCUACUUGGGCGGACCGGGUGCCCAGCGUUGUCGCUGGGAGGAUGGCUACAUCAUGUCCGAUCUGCGUCACACGGAGCGAGGUUUCAGAUGGUCAGCCUGCACUGUCCAGAGUUUCCAUCAUUUCCUCAAUGGAGACACUGCCACCUGCCUGCACAAUGCCCCGCAUGAGGACAGCGCCUUGGGUAGAUCGCUGCCAGGAACUUUACUCUCACUGGACGCCCAGUGCCGCAGGGAUCGGGGUACUUACGCCUGCUUCAAGGACGAGCGAGUGUGUGCUCAGCUUUUCUGCUUCGACGCCCAGACAGGAUACUGUGUGGCCUACAGACCAGCGGCUGAGGGUUCGGCCUGCGGUAAUGGUUAUCACUGUCUGGAUGGUCGCUGCACACCACUGCCUUCCAAUAUUAUUCCCGAUUAUGGACACAACUAUCGUUUAGUAUACAAUAAACUCAACAACAAGAAACAAGAUGCAGAGGAGGAUAUUGAAAAUAGUAGUGAGGAGACCGAUUCGCAAGAGGAUGAGACUGAAAAUGCGAAUGAGAACGAGAACGAGAGUAAUGAGGAGGAGCAGGAUGAGGGCAACACUAGUAGCGAGGAGCAGGAGGCCAAUCGGCAGGACAACAAGAUCGAGCAGAGCUCUGCUGCUGCCGGUGGCUCUGCUGCUGCAACGACCACGACCACGACCACCAUUAGGCCCAAAUCGAAAUCCUUUGGCUAUCUGCAUCGCAUUCUGCCCGAAAAUCGUGUCCUGGUCCAGACGAGCAUCAGCAGCAGCGUCAGCAGCAGCAGCGGCAGCAAUUCCGUUGCUCCCUCAGCCACUUCAACAACACCCAAACCGACAACAACAACCACACAAACACCGAACCUAUUCCAAAUCUAUACACACGAAUUACGCAAACAAAUCCAAUACUAUUUACACAUGCUACAGACACAACAACAUGCAACCAAAUUGCAACCAGAACAACAGCAACAGCAGUCACAACAACAACAGUCGAUAGUCGAAAUACCCUUGGUACAGAAACAAAAACGCCUUACAAAUUAUAGUGUAACCAGCAGCACCAGCACCAGCAGCAGCAGCAGCAACACGAAACCGAACAGCAACAAGGACGAGCAGCAGCAGCAGCAACAUCGGCAGGAGCAACAUCAUCAGGACGGCCUGCCCGAUGAGGAGAACGAAGCAACUGCCGGCAUUCAGAGCAAUGAAGCGAUUGAGCGGCAAAAACUGGUUAACUGGAAGCUGUUUCCGUUCUAGUGAAAGUGCAAUGCAGCAACAUUUGGGGAACGUUUGGAGCUGGCACGCGUCGACGUCACUGCCAUCGAAAUUGGACGAGGAAAUGUUUGCAGUUAAAAAGUGUUUUUAGCUAGAAUUUAUUACUAUUAUUAUUUCGUAUGAAAAACUAUUGAUUUGUUGUUAGUUCUAGCCGCAACUAAUUUAAAAUAUACUCUGUUAAAAGCAACACAAACAACAAUAGCAAUGUUGUUACGUUCAGUACAUGCAUAUAUUAUGUAAUGAUAAUUUUUGUAUAAUUUAAUUUAAUGCAAAUUCUUGUAAAAUAGUACAUAUUAUUCUGUAAAAAGUUCAUCUACACACACAUGUACACCCACACCCAAACACACACACACACCCACACACCUUUUGGCGGACAACCUAAAUUAUUCUUUGAGCCACAAAUCAAUCGAAAGGAAAACCAAUAAUUAUCCCAAUUUCCAAUGUGAUAAACAUAUGUAAUUUGUACUCUUUACUAAACAAACAAAAACAAAACAAAAAAAAAAAACAAAAUAUUUAUAAUUUUCUUUUAGAAAAUUGCUUGAAAGGUGGAGAAUCGUUCAUUUUACUUACCUUGCCGCACUUUGCCUACAAGAAAACUUAAAAUAUUCAUUUCAUUAUUGUAUUAUCAAUUGUUAGAAGUCUAAAUUCUAAAUAAAAAACAAUCAUUACUCUAUAUUUACCUAGCCUAAUGCUCUCUCUUUUUAUAUGACAACAAAAAUGUGUAAUAGCUAAGUUUUAGUUGUAGUUAACUGAACAUCGUAUAAUAAAUGAAACUGUAAAUUUAUCACACACA